UUGGUUCCUACACCAGCCUUGCGGAGGAAGACAGGAUAGCCGGCUUGUGGUUGCCCUGUUGUAGUCACCAAGGAAUUGUGUUGGGAAAAUUAAGUGAUUUGAUGGCCUGUCGUGGUUCCUGAGCAAAUGCUAUUUCUGGCCCUCAGACAUCCUACGCACACUCUCUAAGAUUUCCUCAACUGGUUUUGUGGACUGAAUGAAAAAUCCUAGGUCACUGAACAUCUCAUCAUCCUGACGUGCCCCAAGACAAUAAUGCUGGAUUUACGUGAAAACCAGUCCUUUGAGGCCACAGAAGUAUUGCUUGGAUCCCUGGGUGAAACAGGAGAUCCCACAGCUUCCAGCAACAGCAGCUUUCUGGAUUCUGAAUUUCGUUACAGACUCUUCUCCAUUUCCUACAGCGUCAUCUUUAUCCUUGGUUUCUUUUUAAACUGCUAUGUCCUGUUUGUCCUCCGCCGUCUCCGUGAGGCCAGAAGCUUGGGCGAGAUCCGUAUCUACAUGACAAGUUUGACCAUAGCGGACUUCCUAUUCGUCUGUGUUCUUCCCUUCUGGAUUGACUACUACUCUCGCCAUGGUGACUGGAUCUACCACGACUUCCUGUGCCGAGUGACCGGCUCGAUGUUCUUCAUCAACACCUACUGUUCCAUCCUCUUCCUCGGAGCCAUCAGUAUUAACCGCUACUGGGCUGUCACACGGCCACUAGAUGCAGCCUCUUCAGACCACAGGUGCCGUGGGAUUGUCGUGACUGCAACCAUCUGGCUGCUGACAUUGGGGGCAUCGGUGCCUUUCCUGUUGAAUCCGGGGAUCAAUAAGGAUGAGAUGAAUGUAACGCGCUGUUUUGAGGGGUACCAGAGGAAAAGCGACGGGAGUAAGAAGGCCGUGGCAGCCACACAUUUCACUAUAAUUGGAUUGUUUUUCAUAGUCUUCUUCAUCAUAGUGGUUUUUAACCUCCUCAUUGCUCGCGCCUUGCUAGCUCAGUCUCCAGCUCAGCCAGUAAUCAGGUCGUCAACAAUUCUAUCCAGUGAACGCAAAAAGAGCAGGGCUUUCUCCUCCACUAGACCCAGAGGUGUGAAACGGAGGGCUCUCCAAAUGCUGUGCGCUGUGGUGGGAGUGUUUGUCGUGUGCUUCGUUCCUCACCACAUCAUUCAAGGCCCCUGGACCUUGGCAGUGCUAAAGAUCAAGGAGGGCUGGGGCAGCACGACAUGGAGCCAGGAGACUCACCAGGCCCUCAGUGAUGCCCAUCAGAUCACACUUGUUCUCAUGGGAGUCAACUGUAUCCUCGAUCCUGUGGUUUACUUCUUUGCCACGAGGAAAUUUAGGAUGUUCCUUUUGGCCCACAUUAGAAAGAUUAUGAAGCAGGACUCUUGCUCAAACACAGGGACUGCUCAGAUAUCCAUGGAGAGCAAGGGCCAAAGUCAGAAGUUGGCCAGUGGACACCAAUAGAGCCAGAAAGAAGCAAAGCGGUCGAACAGAGCAGGAUGUAUAGAGAGUCUAACCGUCUUUUCUCUUGUAUGUGAAAGAGAUUCCUCUGUUCUCUCAUUUUGGCAGUUUUUGAAGGUUACAACAUGUACUUUACACUGGGAAACAUUUGGAGGGUAUAGCAACAGAGGUAAAUCCAUGACCGUAAAAUGCUUAAUAUUGCUUAAUCACCCUGGCCAUUAUAUUGAAUUUAUUAUCUGAAAAUAUAUCUGAAAAGUCUCAGGAUAUUUAAGUGCUUUAAAAAUGUUGGUUUCUGUCAUAUUAGUGCAAGCUAUUUGUUAUUUGUCAUUUACAGCUGAGCUCUGGAGAGCUUCACUGUGUUUAUGUGAACUAAGCUGUACAUAGUUACCUCCCAAACAUCUUGCUAGACUGUAUUGUUGAAAAAUGGGAGUGGUAUGAAUUGCACCAGUUUAUUACAUCAGAAAAAUGUUCCACUGAAAGCAGAAGUUUCUAUUGCAGAAGUACUGAACUGAACACUUUUGCAGCAUUGGCAAAACAGGAACACAAAUUAUUGUAUCACACAUCGGAAUCAGCUGAUGAGAAAUCUGCACCACCUGUUGCCCAUUCCAGUACUACAGGUAUCAUCCUGUACAAGGUAAUCCACUGUGUAGUCAGUGGCAUACACAGGUUUACAGACGAUAUUUUUCUGUUCAGACGUUGCAUUGGAAAUGGUUUUGCCAGGGUGUGUUUUAACCACUGUUGGGGAGCUAGUGUCAGCAGUUAAUGUUUGGUCAUAUGUUUCCUCAGACAUUGUGACAUUGCUUCUCAAGUACAUAAUCAGUUUUAUCAUUCUCAAACACAUGACCCAGUGUUGGUGCUGGGAAUGAAAUAUUUAAAAGUACAAAGACAAAAUCAAAAAGGGUCGAAAGAGUAAAUAUUUCAGCUUGUGGUAUCAUCAAUGCUUUAUAGUAGGAGAUGUUGUACGACAUCUCAUGUUAUGAACGAGCUAUCUACUUCUCAUCUCUUCUUCUCUCCACUUCUCUUCUUUCUCUCAUCUUCUCUUCUCUUCUUACCUGAGGUUGUAUAGCAUUGUGAUUUUUGUUUUUUGUACAGUGUAUUGUAAUUGAGCUAAUCUACGAUGGACCUGACCUGCUAUCAUGGGCCUGUUACCUUACCGACGUAUUUGCUUUGAUUAAACUGUAUGCCUUUUACA